AGGCCUCCUAACGUUAACGGGACCGGGACUCACUGACUCACGGACCGGGAUCUACGGACUCACUGACUCACGGACCGGGAUCUACCGACCCACGGACUCACGGACCGGGACGUUUCUCCGUUUGGUUUGUCCUUUGAAGACCAGCAGCAUGUUGGAGCUCGCGCUGCUGCUUGCCCUGCAGGUGUGCUCAGGUGGCUCCCAGGGGGGCGGGGCCUCAGUCGAUAAUGUCAGCAUCCCUGAGCUCAGCGACGUGUGCACAGAGGGCAGCUGUUACCCGGCAACAGGAGACCUUCUGAUUGGCCGAGCCCACCAACUGUCGUCCACCUCUACCUGCGGAUUGAACCGCCCUGAACCGUUCUGCAUUGUCAGCCACCUGCAGGAGGAGAAGAAGUGCUUCCUGUGCGACUCGGCGACUCCGUACGAUCAGCUGAGUGAACAGAUGAGCGGCCAUCGCAUCGAGAACGUUGUCACAACGUUCGCUCCCAACAGACUGAAGACCUGGUGGCAGUCUGAGAAUGAAACAUCCAUGUUUCAGAUGUGA